ACCGUUAUGACAAUGACAUUGAUUAAAGAUUGAGGUUAUCAAAUCAAUUUUCAGGAAAUAAUCUACAUAAUCUUGAUAAUUAAGAAUAAAAUAAUGUGUUAAUAAGUGUUAGUUCUGUAGAAUAUUAAGUGUAAUUUUGUAAAAAUGUGGCAAUUGGUGCAAACGGGCUCAUGUCAGCUUAUUAGACAAAGACUGCUUACAGCUAAAAGCAAUGUAUACUUUACAAAUCUUAUGAAAAAUAGACCGUCGAACGUCGUGAAACGAUAUUUUUCGGAGGUCAAAACUUCGUCAGAUAAAAAUGCGAAACCUGGGUUAUUACUACUCUGUAGCCCAUGGAAGUUGUGUACUGGAGUCAGUUUAGCAUUGGGGGCUCGCUAUUUUCUGAGCAACGGCCCGGCUUACUGUAAAGCCCACAUAGGUCCUUCUAGAAUUAUUCAAAGAAGGCCCAAUGUUGAAGAAGACACAGCGAAAUUUGACUGGGAUAAAUUUCUCUCUUACUUACAACCUCAUAAAUGGCUUUUAAUAGCUGCUAUAGGGUCAGCAUUAGUCGUAGCAUUUUUCAACGUGUACAUACCAGCGAUGUUGGGAGAAGUUGUAAAUGUAUUAGCAAGUCAGAGACAGAAUCCUUCUGCAGAUUUUUUGGAUGCCAUCAGAUUGCCUGCGCUCAAACUGGUUGGCUUGUAUAUUGGACAGGCAUUAUUCACAUUUAUGUACAUCCAUCUACUAUCACAAGUUGGUGAGCGAGUUGCUGCACAGAUGAAGCAGGAUCUCUUCGAGUCCAUCCUUCAACAAGAUAUUGCUUUCUUUGACCAGGAGAGAACUGGCGAGCUUAUGAAUAGGCUGACGGUGGAUGUCCAGGAUUUCAAGAGUUCCUUCAAACAAACAAUUUCUGGUGGACUCAGAGCUACUACGCAGGUGGUCGGUUCUUCAGUCAGUCUUCUAGUAAUGUCGCCGCAGUUAACAGGUCUGACGUUGCUCUGUGUGCCUUCGGUAGUUAUUGGUGGAACAUUCAUUGGAUCUUUACUUAGGAAGCUGUCUAGAGAGGCGCAGACACAGAUAGAGAAAUCAACCCUAGUAGCGGAGGAGGCGAUAUCGAACAUGCGUACGGUUCGUGCGUUUGCAGGGGAAGAAAACGAAGCGCAAAUGUUUGCGCAGGAGUGCAAGGCGGCAGCCGAGCUUAGUAUGGAGCUAGGACUGGGCAUUGGAUUGUUCCAGGCGGGAACUAAUUUAUUCCUCAACGGUAUGGUGUUAGGUACAAUGUUCAUGGGUGGGCAUUUAAUGGCGUCUGGGCAGAUGUCUGCCGGUGACGUCAUGGCGUUUCUCGUCAAUGCCCAGACUGUACAGCGGUCUGUCGCGCAACUGUCAUUAUUGUUCGGAUCUGUCGUGAAAGGAAUCAGCGCUGGUGGCCGAGUGUUCGAGUACAUCAACAAGAAGCCAGUGAUGGACAGUUCUGGUACGAAGGUGAUCAGGUACCACGAGUUCCAUGGAGACAUAGAGUUCAAGGACGUCACGUUUGCUUACCCUAGCAGACCAGAAGCGACAGUACUGAAGAACUUCAACCUAAAGAUACCGGCUGGUAAGACAGUGGCCAUUGUUGGUACAUCUGGCAACGGCAAGUCUACCAUAGCUGCUCUGUUAGAGAGGUUUUACGACGUGAAUGCUGGCCAGGUAACAAUAGACGGUAUAGAUGUGAAAGACAUGGACUGCAAGUGGCUGAGGGGCAGAGCCCUGGGCAUCAUCAGCCAGGAGCCUGUACUCUUCGCCACCAGCGUCAAGGAGAACAUCCGAUACGGACGUCCAGAGGCUAGUGAUGAUGAGGUAUACAGAGCAGCGCAAACAGCGAAUGCACAUGAGUUCAUAGUGGGCUUUCCCGAAGGUUAUGACACUCUAGUUGGUGAACGGGGGAUGUCUCUCAGCGGAGGACAGAAGCAGAGGAUAGCCAUCGCUAGAGCCGUGCUCAAGAAUCCACCAGUUCUUAUAUUGGAUGAAGCUACAAGUGCCCUCGACUCGGCGAGCGAGAAAGUAGUACAAACAGCGUUAGAGACUGCGGCUAAAGGUCGCACCGUACUGGUGAUAGCUCACCGACUGUCCACUGUCAUGAAUGCAGACCUUAUCGUCGUGCUGAACAAGGGAAAUAUUGUUGAGAUGGGUACCCACUCUCAGUUGAAGAAACUUAAGGGUUUCUACUGGAACCUCAUCAAGCAGCAGGAUCAGUCGGCUGAAGCUAGCGUGGGAUUAUGAAGGCAUUAGAAUGUACUAUACAGGAAUAAAAACUAACGCGGCAGUACUUGGCGUGUACCAAAAUUGAAUUUCAAAAAUGCAUUCAUAAAAUAGGACAUAGUAUAUAUAUGAUAAAUAAAUGAAAUUGAAUACUUUUGAUGUCCAAGUACAAGUAUCACGCUUUAAUUCAUUGCGUAAUAUAUAAACUCAAUAUUAAAAUUUUUGUCCAAGACUAUGUUCAAGAAAUAAUUCGGUAGUUUCCAACUACUAGUCAAAUUCAUUACUUUUAUUUAAAUGUCAAAAAUGAUGCUCUUCAAUGAAUUUUGUAUGGCAUUCGUAACAUAAUUAUGACGUCAUAAUUUUGUUACGCCAAAUAGCACGCUUAUUUUUAUAAAGUAACUGGAUACAACUGAAAUUAGGUACAUAGUCAAAUCAAUGAAUAAAGGUAUGAUUAUAUUUUAAUAAUUCAUUGUAUUGAAAAGUCUAAAUAAUUUAUUCUU